AUGGCCAUGUUGCCUUCUUUCCUCCAACCGCGCAACGACUCCGACGAUACGGACGGGCGGUAUCCGUACAAUCCGCUGGGGGAUUUCGACUCGAGCGAAGAAUUCAAGCCCUUGGUCGAUGAGACGGAGGACGACUCAAUAUCGGAGGCAGAAGACUCGUUACUUCCCAUUAACACACGACGCCGAGAUGCCUUGACAAGGUUUUUGAGAGCUCUCUCCUUUCUGGUGCCAAGUUUCCUGGGACCAAAAGAAAAUAAGGCAAAGCCGCUUCGCCCUACGGCUUGGCUAGACGGUUUGCGCGGUAUCGCAGCGUUAUGUGUUGUGCUCGUUCAUAUCGGCCUGGCGUGCUUCUCAUGGGACAUCCUGUUAGCAUGGUCACCGAACUCGCCUCGGCGAUGGUGGCUGUACCAACUCCCCAUCCUACGGCUUGUUGUUUCAGGGCUCGCUCCGGUCUGCGUCUUCUUCGUCGUGUCCGGCUACACAAUAUCGCACCACUUCCUGACGUUGGCCCGUCGGGGGGAGUUUGAGAAAGCAGGCUCGGCCAUCGCGUCGUCUGUCUUCCGCCGCCAUACCCGGCUCUUCCUCCCAGUCGCUGUGGUUAGUUUCGUCACCGCUAUAAUGACAUACCUCAACUUGUUCCCCGACCAGGGGCUACCGGGUGUGGUUUAUCCGACGAGGGUUCCGCCGCACUUUGACUCGCUGUGGAGGCAGCUGCAGCACUACAUUCUGGCCGAGAUCAUCACCACCGACCCCAUCGGCCAACUUCAUGUUCGUGCCGAUUCCGACGUGCCAGAACCUAUUUAUGAUCCCCAUCUCUGGACUAUUCCACUCGAAUUUAUGAGCUCCAUGGUGGUGUUCAUGUUCUUGACAGCCUUCACUAGAGUCCACAACAAAGUCAGGAUGCUCUUCGCCCUAAGCUUAGCGAUCUAUCUCCAAUUGGUCUUUGUCUAUUGGGGUAUGUUCUUGUUCCUCAGCGGCAUGUUCUUGUGUGAUCUGCAUUUCGAGCUCGAAGGCAGACAAUGGCGGUGGGCAUCCCUGCGGUCUGAGCCACAAUACCGGGCCACAUCGCCCUUGGAUAGGGUUGUACGUUCGAAGCGAGGCAGUACCCCUUAUCGAGUUCUGGGACGGGGCGUUGGGCUCGUAUCAUUCUUGACUUCGCUGUGGCUGCUCAGCAUGCCCGAAGACAUGGAGCAGGCGGCGCAGGCACCCGGCUAUGCGACCUUAGUAUCAUGGGUUCCAGAAAGAUUCCAAGAGGUCCUCGUGAUACCAAUCGGUGCAGUACUAACAGUGCUCGUUGUCGACCAAGCCACAUUCUUGCAGAUUCUUUUCACAAACCGUUUCUCUCAAUACAUGGGCAAGAUCUCUUUCUCAUUAUAUAUGAUCCAUGGCCCACUCCUUUAUUCAUUAGGCUUGGUCAUAGCUCGGUGGACUGUAGGUCUUGUCGGUGGCGGAGACUCUGAGAUAUCCUACAUAUUUGGCAUCUUGUUAGCGUUCAUCCUAUGGGCGCCUGUGGCGAUAUAUGUUGCCGACCUCACUACUACCUUUGUAGACGCGAAGGCGAUAGAGUUCUCUAAGUGGGCAUACGACAUGCUUUUGAGGAAAGAAUAA